AUGGAAGACUGUAAAACGGCUGUCUACGUCCUCUGCUUUUGCACGUCGUUCUAUAUCACUGCCGUAAUAUUCUACCGGUUGGUGCUAAGUCCCUUGGCGAAAUUCCCAGGCCCUCGCCUAGCAGCUGCCACAAGGCUCUACGAAAUCUACUACCAGAUGAUUAAAGGGGGCACAUUCACUUGGCACAUCAGCGACCUUCACGAUAAAUAUGGCCCUGUGGUCCGAAUAACCCCGUGGGAGAUACACAUCAAGGACCCCAACUACUAUAACACCGUCUACCUUGAUAUGGGAAAACUCCGCAACAAAGAAUCUUUACUCAGCUGUAUCGGAUAUCCCAAUCCAAUUUUUCCACUCGUCUCUCACGAGCCACAUCAGCCUUGGAGAAACAUUCUUGCUAGGUUCCUGAAGAAGAGCGCUAUCCUUGAAUUUGAACCGGUGAUAAAGGCAAAUAUACAAUCACUUUGCAAACACUUCUCGACCGCUGCCAACAGCCACGAGCCUUUGGAGCUGUAUAGCGCUUUCCACUGUUAUUCCAGUGAUACCCUCUCCCAACAUGCGUUUGGUCACGACCUCGGCUUUCAUUACUUGGAUGAAAUGAAAUACUCGGAGAAAUGCAAGACUUGGGUGAAUUCAAAGUUUACAUUAUGUCGGUUGAUCCGGCAUUUAAGCUUUGUGGGUGACAUAGCACACAAGAUUCCACGUCCGGCUUCAUUUGCGGUUGAGCAAUAUGCGCAUGCCUAUUCUAUGGAAAAGGAUGUGAAGAUUCGGAUUCAACGGCUGGUAGAUCAAUAUGACCAAUGGGAGGUUGAGAUGCAGUCAACUGGUCACUCGACAAAAAAUGGAUUUUCCUUGGAAGCCCGAAAAGCCAUCUAUCCUGCAAUAUUGGCCGACCAGGAAGUGCCUUUGCUUGAAAAGAGCCAAUCUCAGUUAGAGGAUAGUGCUUUAUUCCUCAUGCUGGCGGGUACAAAUGUCCCUUCACAAACUAUUGCUAUCACUAUGUUCCACAUACUCAACAACCCCGCAAUAUAUCAGAGGCUCAAGGAGGAACUCUUUAUAGUUCUUCCAGAUGUGACAACCAUUCCAAGUAUUGAAAGAUUGGAGCAGAUCCCUUAUUUGGUAGGUUGCGUUGUGAUUCCUCUUUCAAACCAUGUUGGACUAAAAUCAUUACCGACCGCAACAAUUAGAGAGGGCCUUCGCCUCGAGUCUAUUGUUACAACUCGACUUCUUCUCUCCGCACCGAAUGAUGUUUUGCGAUACCAACAGUGGGAUAUCCCAGCCGGAACAUUCGUCUCGAUGUCUACAUAUUUCAUUUUGAGGGACCCAUAUAUCUUCCCUGAGCCUGACAGAUUCAAACCGGAGCGGUGGCUUAUCGAACCAGAGUCGCUACGGAAACUUGAGAGAUAUUUGGUUCCGGCAUCAGAAGGAACGCUGGGCUGCCUAGGACAAAAUAUGAAUUGGUCAUGGAUGCAUCAUCUUAUUAGCGCUCUUGUGCGUCGAUUUGAUCUGGCUUUGCAUGAGACAAUGGAGAGAAAUGUGAGCAUGGUCCGAAAUAAUUGUAUCGGACAACCUGAACCAGGCAUAAACGAAGUCAAAGUGAAUGUUUUGGGGAAACAUUCGCAUUAA